UUGAGUCCGCUGACAGCGAGUGAAGGUGUGGCCAUCAAGAAUGGAGACGACAGCAAGAGUCUGGACGUUUUUAGCGAUGUUCGUGAAGAUUGCUCUUUCAGGUACUCUCACCAGUACUUCACAACAUAACUUCUUCUUAGAACCUGUCGGCUUCAAAAUCAUGGGCCUCUGGUCAGUAUACUUUGAACUGAAGGGAUGUAAAAACCUACAGUUGGGCUUGUGGGGGCCGACCAAGUCAACAUCCAAUGGCUACAACAUCGAACUGAAUACCGAGACGGGUGGACAGUAUUUCUCAGCUGUCAGGAAAAUAUGCUCCGGUUGCCCCGGGACACCAGAGGUUGAGGUGAACCAGGGUGGUUCCUUCUUCACGUGCGACAGCACGACCUAUCACCCCUACUGGGUCAGCUGGGACCAGGCCACUAUCAAGAUGGGCAAGGGGACAGUCAUCGGUGAGGAGGUCGUGGUCAGUUGGACGGACCCUGAUAUUAUUGAGAUCAACUACUUCACUAUCGGUGCAUCAGACGGAUCAACUCGUGCCUCAAUCAAUUUUGACGAGACGUGUGUUGCUAAGACAAGACCAGCAUUGUCCCAAUCCUGCAUUAGAUUUGUGUUCCAAAUGUCUGACGCAGGGAAGACGAUUCACAGCCUAAGCGUCAUCUUCGAGGCAACAGGGAUGACCAAGUCUGAUUGUAGCUACAAGUGUCUCUCCAUCACUGCUUGCUUCGGGUUCAGCAUCUCCACAACGGGCACCUGCAAGCUGACCGGCAAGUGUGUUCCAAUACUUGCGGAUGAAGCAGGCUCCAAUGUCUACUUCCUCAAGUCCUUUGGUAUUUCGUAAGAGUUUGUUCAUUUGGAAAAAUCAGUAGCCUUAACAUCUUGUAAUCAGUUUCCUAAAUAUGGCUAAAUAGAAUUCUCCGGAUCCAAAGUGAAAAUCGCUGCUUAAUAUAUCCUUUACUAAAUUAAGCGGGACAAAGUUAUUUCAAUAAUCGUAAGAAAUUGGUUGUGCUGUAUCCGACAAUAAUCCUAAGCAUGUGUUUAUGAAUCAUAAUGAAUUAGUUAUGACACCAGGUUUUCGCAGUAGCACCCGUCACAAACUCGUACAACGGCAAGUCAAGCGUUUACAUUAACAAAUACGGAAGUAUAUGCGACAAGUCAAAAUAAGGAACUGCAUUGGACAUGAACUUUGGAGAUGUUCUCCAUACAUCUACCAUAAUAAAAAAAGCGACAAAAGCUGUUCGAUAAUCAUGAGAAAUCUUUGCUGAAGGCAGCCUGCAUGUCCACUUCCGACUAUAUCAUGACCAUGCGUUUACGAUGAUACCGGGUGUUCUCGAAAAUUGAGUGUAUCAUGUCCCACUGAUGGCACCCGUAACAAACACAUGCAAAGGCAAGUCAAAAGUGUUCAACUGAAUAAACAUGGGAACAAGUAAAACAAGUCUGAUAUCAUUUUGGUUUGAACUUGUGUCAAAUUAAAUCUGAAACAGAGUCUGAAUCGUGCUAUGCCCUCUGCUGUCAGCAGAUAUACUUUUUAAUCAUGGAAAUGAUUAUCUCUGUAAUGCAUCGUUUCAUACCUUUUGUUACUUCACUUUUUGGAUUAAUACUUUCAAUAAUUCUAGUAACUUGUUUUUUUAAACAUAAUACGACCCUACAAAUGUGAUGUUCUUUCUUAUACUGCACUUACUUUCUUACUUAUUGCAUAUUGUACUCCUUGCAUUUGCAUUGCUUUGUGCAUGUGUGCGUGUGGCGUAUAAAUACACGUGUGAAACUGUAAAGGGCACUGAUGAAUGCUUUGAAAAAUGGAUCAUAAUCUCGGAACAGCAAUGUGUGUUUUCAUUAUGUUUGACGUGAAGCAAGUGAUCCUUGUUCCUUAUGUUCUCACAGAACACGUACUACUCCAAAUUCAGCGAUAUCCCCCGCAAUGGUAAAUACUGAAUAUAUAAAACAUGUUGUCAUGGAAACGCAAAAUAUAUUUAUUUAGUAUUCCAAACAAUCAAAUAAACCAGUUUACCACUAGACCUGUUUAUGUACCAUGUUGGUCAAGAAAUAUUGUUCGUUUUUCAAUAUCUGCUCCGGAAGCACAAGUCAGAGUUGUUGUCAUGGGAAGUUGAAGAAUAUUUUU